AUGGAGGUUGUGCUUUACCUGUUCUGUAUUACAUUGACUAUGGCUAGCUCUGUCAGUAGGACUCCUAGUUCUGGCCCAUCUCACAUCUAUUAUUCUGUUGUCAAUCCUUUUUCCAUUGAGGACAUUCAUGGCAUUCUUGGCAUCCUAUUCGUACCUGAAUUUGAUGAGCCAAAGCCCCUUGGUUUCGACGAUUCCAGAAAGGAUGGGAUAUAUGAUACAAUUGUUGGGAUUCCCGAGUUAAGCAAUGUAGCGGUGGUUCAGUUCCGAAAAGCGCCCUAUCCCCAAAUAUCCAAAACCCUUACGUGCACCUAUCCCAAAUCCAUCCCGCCUCUUCUUCUCCCACCUCUUUUCUACCAAAACCCAUCCCCAAAACCCUUUUCUCCCUCUCCUUCUGUCUCUCUCGAUCUCCAUCUCCCUCCAAGUGCACCCCAAAACCCUCCUCUCCCUCUAUUUCUCUCGAUCUCCUUGUCUCUCUCAAUCUACAUCUUUGUCUCCCUCUCGAUCUCCUUAUCUCUCUCGAUUUAUCUCUCCCUCUACAACAACGACGCAUCGUCUCCAGCAACAAUGAAUCCUCUCCAGCAUCAUCUUCACCACUCUAAGUGCGGCCAGCAGCCCCCGCCCUUCACCUCAUCCCCGGCCAUUUCUGAGAAACAAGAAGUUGUCAUCGAAAAGGUUGUUCGAAAUAAACACAAAUGUGUCACAAUUGUGAAAGGCCUUGAACUCUUUGGUAUUUGCACUUGACAUUCUUACCUCCUA